AACAGUCUGCUCAUAUCAGCCUGACUGUGUCUGCCCAUAAGGCUUGGAGACUGGAUGUGACAAUUGAGUGCUAUUGACAGUCUGUGCAGGGACUGUCAGUCCUGCUGGAGCCCAGCAGGAGGGUGAAAGGACGGGGGCGGGGUAGUGAGGGACAAAUGGGAGUUCAAUGUAUGAGUCUCCUGUGUACAAGAGGAGACGACUUUUAUCUGAGUUUGCAGAACUGACACCCAGUUCUCCUCCCUGUCUUCCUAAACACACCUUAGUCUUUGAUGUGCUGCAAGGACUCAUUUUGCUCCAACACGUGGCCAGAAAGCAGCUGCGUAACAUUACAUUGUGAUAGUUGGCUGACAUGAGACGGGCAAUUAAUGGUUUUUGAAAGAAAUGUUGAAAUAUUUAGUUGUGUGAAAAUCCAUUUGCCUCCUUACAGAUUUCUUUCUUUUUUGCUUUUCUGUCACACUUCAGUAUUUCUUGUCACCAGUAGAAUUUAAUGUUGGAUAAAGAUAACCUGUGGGGGGAAAAAAUCAGUUCAUCACAUUCACCAACAAAUAUCUCAGUGAUCCCCAAAACUUCAGUGGUAAUAUUCUGGGGACUGACGAGACAAAUGUGAAACUUUUUGGGUGGGGUGUCUGACCUAAAACUGCUCUGCUUCCUCAAGACCUGAUUGACUUGACCUUAAUUGAUAGAAUCAUGAAUUUUGCUCUAGAAGGGGAUGCUGCAUAAUGUCUAGCUGUCAGUACAGGACUUUAAGCCCAAUCACAUUUUGGUUCAGCACCAAACUGAUGAUAAAAAUACAAUCGCAUGGCCACCUCUUAAGGACUAAUGCAAAAGAAAAACAACUGAAGGAAAUAAAAAAGACGUUUUGGAGGUGGCCUCUCUGAAAUCUGGACUUAAAUGCAAUUUAGAUAUGAUUUUAAACAUGCAAAUGCUCAAAAACCCUCUUAGUGUUGCUGAACAGUGGGCCAAAAUUCCUGAGUGGUGAUGUGAAUUUCUCAUUGCCAGUUAGCGUGAACACCUGCUGCUAAGUGUGGCCCAACUAGUUAUUAGGACAAUUUGGCCAGGUUUGGAUGGCUUUUUUGUUCCUUUGAAAGGAAAUCGCUUCAAAAUUACUAUUCAUGUUUUCUUUAUGCAUUAAAAGUUACAGAUUAAACAAAUUGUAAGUAGGCCUAUAGCAAAAAAGGGGGUGAAGAUGCAAAACAGAGUUGCAAAUCUGAAAAUAUUCUGUUUAAUAACAGACUUAUUUGGUCAUUAACUUAGGACAAUAAGUGUUAAAUUUACAUUUUAAUAUAUACCUUUGGCAGACAAAAGAAAAAGGUCAGAGAAAGCUUUCUGAUGCUGGUGUUGAGUGAAGGCUGUCCUUGGGUCAUUACCACAGACCUGCCCAAUACUGAAAAUUUCUGAAAGGCUAUUGCUCUAUCUGAUGAAGUGCUAUAAGAUCACACUUUGUUGCAUAUUAAAAUGUACCCAAGCAUUAACGACCGAAUGGAUUCCAUCAUUUUUCUAUCCAAAUUAUGUUCCUGAUGCAAUGAUGUCAGUCACAAAGCAAAAUAAAUUCGAGACUGAUUUGAUCAGCAUAUGUUUUAGGUUUCAAGUUUGAUUCCAAACUUCUGGAAUCAAACUCCAGAAGUUUGAUUUCCAACCCACAAAUGAUGAACAUUUUGUGGGUUGGAAAAAUUAGUCGGGUGUUGAACCACUUGGUUGACUCCUACUUGACCUUCUCAUUCACUGAGUUUGGGGCAAGCAGCCCAUUACCAAGACAGACACACUGUCUACACAACGGCCAUUAGACCCGACAACAGACCCCUGUGGAGCUCCUGGCAGGGGGAGCUUGUUAAAUGUGUGGACCUAUUGUUUGGCCAAAUUGGCCUGUGACUCUAAUUGCCCAGUUAGUCCCCUCUAAUGGGCUGAACCCGUCUACCCAAUCUGGAACCAGCCUUCGGAUCAUGUCGUAAAACGUGGCUCAGUUGUGGCCGGUUACAUAUUCAUUGUCCCUUUUCCAGACAGACCUGUUGUAAAGUCACAUACAUGGGAGUAGUCUCGAGAGCUGACUCUACUUGGGCAACUCCAAACAGACUGGGUUCUAUAGAUACCUCUGGUUCAUAAACAAAAAAAAGGCCUGAAGGAGCUGGCCACGAUUUAGAUAUACAUCUAAAUCUGGAGACAGACGACCUCUAAACAAAAACACUGAAAUGUAGUGUAGUUGAAUCAAGUUGCAUUAAGCGGUUUGAAUAAAGGUUUUAAAGAGAAUGGGGUGUAACUCUUGGCAUAUUAAUCAGGUUAACAGCAUCCAGAUGUGGCUGUUUUGAGGAAAACGUUGAAAAUAUGGUGUAUAUGUAGAAUCACUAAAAGUAAACGUUGAAUUAUGCAAUUGAGGGCUUCAGAAUUGGCUUUUGUGCUCUUGCUCAGUGGUUUAUUUUCAAGCUCUUUUAACUUUUUUUUUUUUUUCUCAGACUUUGAGUCACAUCUCCUGCCAGCUUAACAGCUUAUUGUAUAGUCACCUUAUUAGAGUUCACCACAGGGUAAUAAGUACAGCUUUGUUACGAAACAAUAAUGAAAAACAGCAUUACAUUGAGCAAGAAACACAAGAAAGGCCAUGGAUGGUUAUGGAAACUUGGAGGUUACAAAAUAAAGAUGCUAGACAAUUCACAAAGCGCUGUUCAAUCCAUAAUCAAAAAUUAGAGUUGAAUACUAUGCCACAACUCCAAACCUAUUCAUGACUGUCCCCCAAAGCUGGCAGACCAGUCAAAGAGAGUACCAGUCAGAAAAAAAGCCCUUUAGUAACUCUGGAGGAGCUGCAGAGGUGGGAUAAUCUCACAGUUUGGGCUCAAGCCACCUCAACCAUGUAUGGUCUGUUCAAAUGAGACCAAAAUCUGAUUACAACAUCCUUGUGAUAAUUAAUUUAUUUUUUAGCAGGGAAGCUGCUAGGCUAUGUCAUUCCUCAGGAUUCUGUUGUAGGUUGAAGUGAGAGGCCCCUGUGUUGGUCUGUCACACAAAAUUCAAUUUAAACACAUUAAAGGUUUGUGGUUUUGACAUACAGAACUGUGAAAGUUUUGAAGACUUAAGUCUUUAAAACUGUAAACAAUGCCUCACUGUACAUAGUGAGGCAUUCUAUGAAAAGAUUUAUUUCACCGUGCCUACGCAUAAAAUUUUACAUCCGUAACUGCCGUUGAGUCGGUAACAAAAACAUAUUUUAGGUUAAAUAUACAGCAAAUAGUUGGGCAAAUGAUUGGGGUUGUAAAUGACUAUUUUAAUCCCUUGUAAUGAAACCCUGUCAUUUUGAAACCAAAAAGUCAUAAACAAAAAAAUCAUUUUUUAAAUUCUGAAAAUCUCUGAUUCAUUCCAAAAAUGUAAGCCUCUUGGGGUAUAAAACAGUGUGUAGCACAUGUUGGUUCAAUAGUGCAAUGCUCUGUUUUUUUUGUCAUCCUCUUCAAACUUUAGAAGCCAGUGAAAUGGAUUGUUGUGGCUCCUCUUCAGUCAGUGAAAACUGGGGUGUGAUUGCCCAUUGUCACUCUCCUCCUACCUCCACACACCCACCCACCCCCGUCUCACACACCCUCCAUCUGCUCGCUGCCUCCUUUCUGUCUGCAGUGAUCACAAAACAAGCCGUUGUCUCCAAACACAUCGUCUCUAUGUCUUUUGAUAGGUAGUUGAUAACAGACUCGCUGGCUGAUUGAGCUGGCUCACCGUGCUGUAUAUAAGAGGAGAAGCUCAUGAGAGGGGCAAGCAAGCGACUCCUCUCUUCCUCCUGUGCUCUUCCGGGACUUUGUCACCUUUUCCUUAUGGCUGCUCUCUUGGCUGUAGCUCUUUUUGCGUCUCCUUUACUGGCAUUCGACCUGGGCCAGUCCACUCGGUGCGUUACCAUCCCCAACCAGAUGAAAGUCUGCAAAGAUGUUGGCUACUCUGAGAUGAGGCUGCCAAACUUUUUAGGACACAGCAACCUUGAAGGAGAGGUGGUGCCACGCUCUGAGGACUGGAGGCCCCUGCUGCAGACCGGCUGCCAUCCUCAAGCCCAAGCCUUCCUCUGCUCCAUCAUUGCACCUGUCUGUCUCGACACCUUCAUCCAGCCUUGUCAUAGUCUGUGUGUGGCAGUGAGGGACAGCUGUGCCCCAGUGCUUGCCUGCCAGGGACAUCCAUGGCCCGAGGCUCUCAACUGUGACCGCUUUCCUGCUGAGGAAGACAUGUGUCUAACCCCCCUUGCAAAAUUUAGCCACUUUAUGAAAGAUUUGCCAAAAGCUGUUUGCCAGAACUGUCCUUCAGUGGAAGUGGCUCCUGCAACGAAAACAGUAAUGAGUGCUUUAUGUCAUCAUGACUUUGCCGUCACCGCUAAACUCCACCGUCUUCGUCACCCCACGCGGGAGCCGGAGUUCCAGGUCGAGGGCCGAGUGGAGUUUAUCCGUCAAGGCCCUCUGUUGCCUUAUGACACUCAGCAUCUCCUCCGGGAUUGGCUCCUCAUCAACCUGAGCUGCGCCAGCGCCCUGGUUCGUCCGGGCCGCUCACAGCUCUACGUGCUGACCGGUUCCGUGCAGCCUGACGGCAACAUCGCUCUCGUUCGUCUCUUCCCCUGGCACAAAAAAGAUGCAGGCAUCGCACUGGCCACUCGCAAAUGGAAACAUCACAGAUGUUGAAGUGCAUGGAAAGUCAGGAGCUGAAGAUCAAAUUGGAAACGUGUGAUCACUUCAGGACAGGUGGAGAAAGUCAUGAGACUUUUCUUUCACAUUACUGCUAGAUCCAGGUCAAACUGCAUUACUCUCUUUACUAAUUUGUUACAUUUCAGCUUUUUCUAUCAGUAUGCUAUAAUAUUAUGCACUAAGACCUGUAAAUAGUAUUAAGUGUAAAUUCAUAUAUUUUAUUUUCUUGGAGGAUAUUGAUGUAUUUAUCACAUUUUUUGUGUUUUGUGCAAACAUGACAAGUAAAAUAUUUUAUAUCUUGCAUGAUGCGUAAUAUUUUAAACGGUUUGUGAGCGUCAGCAAAUACUGUUCUGGUCAUAAGUUUGCAUACACUCAUCAGCAUGAAUGUCAUUUUUAACAUUUAUAAUUCUAAACACAAAAAAUUCACUG